GAUGAUGGCGUUUCCAUUGUGUGUAAAUGAAUUCACGUUGUGGUUCUUCUUUCACUUCUACGUUCAAUGUGACGACUAGUGCGAGACGCAGAUUUAUUUUCCGUCACUAUAGCUCGUUCUGAAAUGCUGUGCAUCUGAUAGGAGGUUCUCAAACCUGUGUAAGGUAAGAGUGACACCAUGACUGAAGAAGAAUGGUAAAAGUUUUAGAAGGAAAUGUGCAGUAAUUUUAGUCACUACGACUGAGAUUCUUCCAAAAGAGGAACUUGGAACUUGCCUUCAAGACUUAGUCAACUUCCUGGGUAGAAAAACUUUGUUUCACUUGACCAAAUUUGUUAGAGUAACAAAAUGAGCUUACAGCUCAUCUGUGUGAAUAUUUCGCCAAUUGUUGCCGUUUUGGUGGCCAUUCAAGUUGCAGCUGUCAACUCCCAAACUAUCAACGAGAAUGGAGUGCUACAACCGAGACUCGGAAGAAAGAUCUUGUCUGCUGGCCACAGCGUGGACUAUGUGAUCAAACCGUCUGAUACCGACGCCGUGGUCAAUGGAAGUGCGACUCUUUACUGCAAAAUUAACUCCGUAAUGACCAGCACGUCGGUGAAAUGGUUCGGUCCCCCGAAUUUCCACUUCCGGACCGAGGGUAGAAGUUCUGGACACCCGAGGUAUUCCGUGACCGGUGGCGAGGGGGAGUACAACCUGUUAAUAAGCCCUGUACGACCAGAAGAUGGAGGGAUGUUUCGCUGCUGGGUGAGAGAACUCAGAGGUGAACCGGCGGAGGCCAUGUUGACAGUACUCACCCAGACAGGAGCCCCUGUUAUCACUGGUUAUAGUAACCCUGUCAGAGAAGGAACCACACUGACGCUAUCCUGUACCAGCCAUGGUGGAGACCCCCCGUCAACAUUGUCAUGGUCCUUGGGUGCAGCUCCAUUGGAAGGAACUACAGAUGACAACGAGAUACGGGCGACCAUUAGGAUUACACGAGAGCAUCAUGGCCAAGCUGUAGCUUGCACAGCAUCUCAGCCAGGAUGCUCCGUUGGUGAGCAUCACUGUGUCGUCCCCUGA